GUCGUGGUCGAGUUGGUCGGCCGGGUCGCUGCUGCUCCUGCUGCCGCCGCUACUGCUGGGAGAGUUCCUGGGCUUCUUGAGCGGCUCUGAAGGAUGACUGCUGCACGGCUCACUGCUGAAUCCCGGUGAACGAACGGCGUCUCAUGUCCAAACGGCGGAAGGAUGGCUCAUGGCAAAGUGACCAUCACGGUGGACGAGUACAGCUCCAACCCCACACAGGCCUUCACACACUACAACAUCAACCAGAGCCGCUUCCAACCUCCACACGUCCACAUGGUGGACCCCAUUCCUUAUGACACUCCCAAGCCAGCAGGACACACCAGGUUUGUGUGUGUUUCCGACACACACUCGCGUACAGACGGCAUCCAGAUGCCCUACGGCGAUGUGCUGCUGCACAUGGGCGACUUCACUGAGCUGGGCCUGCCCUCCGAGGUUAAGAAGUUCAAUGACUGGCUAGGUGGCCUUCCAUACGAAUUCAAAGUGGUGAUCGCUGGGAACCACGAGCUGACCUUUGAUAAGGACUUUAUGGCUGAGCUGGUCAAGCAGGAUUACUACCGAUUCCCCUCAGUCUCCAAACUCAAACCAGAGGACUUUGACAAUGUCCAGUCGCUCCUCACAAACUGUGUGUACCUGCAGGACUCAGACGUCACCAUAAAGGGAUUCCGGAUAUACGGGACACCAUGGACUCCGUGGUUUAAUGGCUGGGGAUUCAACCUGCCUCGGGGUCAGUCUCUGCUGGAUAAAUGGAACCUCGUCCCCGAAGGCAUCGACAUCCUGAUGACCCACGGACCUCCACUCGGUUUCCGUGACUGGGUUCCUAAAGAGCUGCAGCGGGUCGGCUGCGUGGAGCUGCUCAACACAGUCCAGAAGAGGGUGCGACCCAAACUUCACGCCUUUGGAGGCAUACAUGAAGGCUACGGGAUCAUGACAGACGGCUACACGACGUUCAUCAACGCGUCGACCUGCACUGUCAGUUUCCAGCCCACUAACCCCCCCAUCGUGUUUGACCUGCCCAACCCCACCAGCUCCUGAGACCAGAGGAUGAGGGUGGUGGGGAGGGCCACGGACAGGAUAAACUACUUUUUUUCUAUAAAUAUGUCAAGUAAAAGAGAAAAAAAAUUCUAAGUGUUUCUUUGCAAACUUUUUGGUCUUCUCUAAGCUGUUGUUGAGAUUGAGAAGAUUUGGAGAUGCGGGGUGGGGUGGGAAGUUUGUCUGGGUGGGUUGAAGGAGAAUAUCGGUGUUAGAUUUUUAAAAAAAAAAUUUGUGCUAACAGUGCUGGUUUCCCUCUCAGAUUUUUGUCUUUCUGCACGCAGGCAGUUUAGUUGCAGAUAUCAAGGCUUCCUUUGUGUUGUUCAGCAAGAAAAACAACUUUCACAAAGCAAGAUAAUCCAUGAGGAAACUUCGUGUUUAGUCCUGAUGUCAUCAUGCAGAGUUGAGCGUUUUUUAUGUUGGCACUACUUCGUACUCCACACUCCACUUCCUGUCAAUCACCUGACAGCCACAGGAAGAAAUGGAAACCUCAUCCAGGAAAUAAUCCCUCAGAAAUAUGUUGCCUUAGAGCAGAGUGCCAGGUAAGAGCAAUGGUGACUAUUUUGUGAUCCCGACUUUUUUUUCUUCAUGAUCACAGGGAAAGAAAACAUGAGGAAUAUUUACACACUUGUCCUCUCUGGCCUUCCAUACCUUACUACAUCUGUGUGUUUUUGUUGGGUGUCCUUUUUUUUUAGCUGACAGCAGUUCAUUCGGGAAGUUUGCAUUUAAAAAACAACAAAAAACAAGUGCUGAAUUUGGAGGAAAUGUUAAAAUGAGUCUGACACCGGUAUUCUCCUUUUCAGAGGGAUUUUGUGGUUAAACAAUCUUGCUCUUGAUAAAUAUUGGUCAGAUCUGUAAGAUAAAUGAUGCUUUGUGAAUUUGUACAAUUUCUUUAUGUUUGGUUUGCGUUGCCCGGACAAUGGAUGCCAUUGUUUUAUGUUGUAUCAUCUGAUAUUUUGCGAUUAGGUUUUCUCUUUUUCUUUGUUUUCAUUUGUUUGUUUUCUCGUCAGUUCCUCUUUUCUUAUUGGCUGACAGGGACGCUGCCUUAAACUAGCUUUAAUGUUCUCAGCUAGAGCCCCCACUCUCUGCGAGCUCAGAGAAAAGUCUUUAUUUAUUACCCAUCAUCCCCGCAAAACAACACCUGACUAACGCAGGGACAGGAAGCUAUCGAAUUACAGCCCCAGAAAAUAACUUUGUAACACCCCAUUAUGGAUUUCUGAUCUAAUUUGGAAAAUGUAUGUAUAAAAUAUAUAUAUAUUAUAUAUUCAUGUUGUAAAACAUCUGUACUAAAAGUUGUGUUUGACUAAAAAAGAAAAUCUGGUGCAUUUUUUUUUCUGUAUGCACCUGUCAUGUUUCUUUAAUGCUCCCAUCAGGCGCUCUUCAGAGUUUUCUUUAAUGUUUUUUGUAUCGACUCUCCCUGUAGGGUAGACAUUCAUUUUGGAUGAGAGAGGAAAAUUUGUCAGAGUCACAAUCCAACAGGUGCUGGUUGUUCCCAAUAACACACCUGCCUAAACAUUGUUAAGUUGUCCUUUAAAGUGUAAAUCUGAUAGUAUUUGUGUUUUAUUGCUUUUUUUUCUAAUUUUGCACUGUGUGUAAAUGCAAUCUUGCUAGCACAAAAAAAUGUUGCCAAUAGUUGUCUCAACUUUGCCGCUGUAAAUGCUCUUUUCGUGCUCUGUUCCUCUCUCGCUCUUUCUCUGAUUGUAUCCCUCUUCAUGGAAAUGUUAGUUCUCUUUCAGUUCAUUGUGAUAUAUUUAGCUGCCUUUAUAUGCAAAUAAAAUUGCAAGAUUUUUACUUA